CUCUAUUUUGGAGGAUUUCAUGCAAUUCACUUUGAAAUUGGCAUUUAUUUUAGCAUAUCUGCACGAGACAUUAUCUUAGACAUGCAGAGUAAGCAUUGUUAUAUGGUUAGCUUUAAAAUACAGAAUACAAUUUGUUGACGAUUGUGUAUGGAGAGACCUUCCGCUUGCCACUAAAUGAGUAUUUCCUUGGUGAUGGACUUUCAUACACCAUUUAGCCUCAAAAUUCCCCAUUUGCUGAGAAAACAGUCAUACAAGGAUAGGGUAAUAUACAAGGAACAAUAAUUUCUUCAACCUCCUCGUACUUUAACAAUAAUCCCAACAUUUAAGGAACAAAUUAUUACGCACUUGCUCAAAUAACAGGGGGUGGAUAUUAAAUAUAUUAAUCCCAACUUCCAACCGGAGCCCCAUAUACUUAGAUAUCUUACAAUAUCAAUUUCGCAACAAUCACCGCAGGACCAACUUGCUUUUCAAUUAAUUUCGUUUAAAAUCUAAUUAUGGUAACAUGCUCAGCCUAAGGAUCCAAUCAAUUGACAUACUUAUUCUACUCUAUCACUGGAAACCAUUAAUUAUUAUUUACUUAAACAAUCAAUUCCAACACCUUCUAAGCUGGAGCUUAUGUAACAACUUAGUCUGUGGGAUAAUACAUUGUCACUUCAAUAAAUACUGGCACAUAUAAAACUGGAACCUAUACUUCAACAUUUUCAGAACUCUAUGUAUUCCAAUUGAGUUUGGGUACUACACAAUAAUUCAAUUUAAACCAAAUCCAAAUUCCUACUCCACUUGUUAACACUGAUUACUAUACAGGUAUUUCUUUGCAAGAAAAUGGCAUUCGUAAUUAUUAUCAUAUAUCUUAGUUUUUAUUACAACUUUUUAAAGUGGAUUAGCAUACUUGAAUUUAAACAAUAUUCCAACCUAACUCCAAUUUUUCAAUCCAUUUAGCCAAGGUACUUUGGGAGUAAGUUCCUAUAGUGUUGAUUACUCAUCAAACUUCUUCUAUUUAGCAAUAUGGAACGCCGAGGGCAUAGUGGCAGGUGUCUAUAAUUCAGCAAAUUAAGUGCCGGUAAUGAAUUUAUAAUAUGGUGUAGUUUAAAACAGCUUAAGUGAUUCAAACAACUCAAAUUACACCUACUUAAAUGUUUGCAACUUAAGUCUACAUGAAUCCUAGAUUCCUUAUUGCAGUCAACUCUAAUGGUAUUAGUGUCUACCCAAGCAUCUUAAACGAUAUUAAUAAUUGGUAAUUGCUCUAUUAUAUUCCUUCAACUGUCUUAUCUAGCGCUUUCGAUUAUUACAAUAAUAUCCUAGUAACUGUUGCAGGCUAGGAUGUUAUAACCUAUUCAUUUAAUAACCCAAUUGUCACAGCCUCAAAUUUGGCUACUUCUGCAGGUAUUUAAAAUUUCACAAUCACUGCAACUCCUUCAAUGUUCGGAGGAGCCAAAACCAGUCAACCAUGCAGUUUGGUUUUAUACUACAAUGUCACAUCAGCCUUAUAGACAUCAGAGAUUUUUUAGGCAUAUCAAGUGAAUAGUGCAAAGGAGACAUUCGUUCAAUGGGGUCCUCUAUUUAAUUUAUACUUGGGCUCAAUUUAAACAGUAAAUAUCAAUAAAAUGUUAAUUGGACCAGCCAUUAUUGCUGGAUUCCCAACUACCAAUGCAGCCUACUCUAAUAUUGAUAUUCAAUUCUCAAAUGUUCUUUCAACUCCUUCAAUCAACAGUCCCUACAGACUUAACUCUAACCUUAUAGUUGGAUAAAAGAUCUUGUACUCUCAAAUGUUUUAUGAUGCCUCCUACAUAGUUAAUGAUAAAUUAGGAGAAUAAUUCAAGGACACCUACCUAUAAUUGGUUCAGGUCUCCAACUACAUUGUAUUAUUCCAAUGCUAAGGUUUCGAAGAUUAGCCUUGCGCUUAAAUUGUUAACAUCCCAAAUAAUAUUGCAUUAAUUGAAUAAUUUGCUUUGAGUUUUUCAUCAAGCAAUUUGAUAAAUAUUGCAUACAUGUGGAAUGAGUUCAGCGUCAAGGACUAAAUUACUAUCGGCCACAUUACAAUUUGUCAAGUGUCCUAUCAUUCAACAGUUACCAAUUAAAAUUGCAAAUCUUAUGAUUUUAAUUCAAAAGAUGCAAAUUCCAUGAAGGCAUUAUAGAUUUCAUUGGCUUAAGAUAGUUUCUACAUUCUUUAUUCAUAAACUGUAGAUGUUGUAACUACAAAUUAUUUCUCGGCUUUCAAUGUUUAGGAAUACUUUAGUUAUGCCUUGAAUAAUGAUAUUACUGCACUGUAAUCCUAUUGCUAAUAUCCAAAUCUUAAUGGUUAUACUCUAAAUAGUUUCACAUAAAACAUUCCUGCCUAUGGAAAUAUCGUCUUCCUUAAUGCUUGGACUACUGUGGAUAAUGUAGACGUCACCAAUUAUUAUUAUUACCUUAUCGCCAUAAAUUAUAAUGGUGGUUACCUAAGUCUAAAUGGGUAAUACAGUUACGCUUUAAGUGUGAUUGGAAGUGUUUAAACAAACAAAGUUACAACAUCACCAUUAACUAAUUACUACUAAUUUACUGUUGAUGGAAUGUACCUUUUGUAAAUAAAUACUAAAGGCAGCCCUACAUUAACAUUUUACCCAAGAGUAGAUCUUUUGCCAUCCCUCUUCUUCUCUAAUUAAUAAAUAAAUCCACCUCAAUUACCUGUUAAUGGAAUUGCAUUAGAAACUUAUGGAUUUUAACAUAUUGUACAAGUAGCAUCAUCAGCUCGUUUCUUAUACAUCAUGGCACAACCAUAAGGUUCUAAUACAUAUUCAAUCUACGUGUAUAAGAAUACUCCUUCAAGCUAAAAUGCUUUGUAUUAUAUAAUUUCAACCGAUGCAAAUGAUCAAAUAAUCGAUGCAACUUUUAGUGUAACCAGCGCAAUCCAAUAUGAUGGAAUAUUAUUUAAAUCAAGAGGAAAUGAUGGUUAUCGCAAUAGUCUUCUAUUGCCUGAAUUUGAAUUUGUUGUGAAAUGCAAUUUGAAUAGUAAUUUCUAAUAACAAAUUGAAUACAGUUACGUCUUAUUUAAGGCGCAAAGUAUAGUGAAAUCUGGUUCUAAAUUGUCUUAGACAGCUUAAGAAUAUUGGGCAACUUUUGAAUCAGUGAAUUUAGUCUCCUUUUCUAAGGAAACUAGCACAAUAGCAAAUGCUGGUAGUAUAUCUACUUCUGGAUUCACGUAAGUCGAUCCAAGAGCAUACUUUUAAGGAAAUAUUUAGAGCUUCAUGCUUUCAAAUGGAACAAAUUCAACCACCUUUUAUUACUUCAACAUCACCUCUCCAGUCGAGAGAUAACCUCAAACUACAAACUAUCAAUAUCCAGUAACAGCAGUUUCAGCUUAUAUGCAAAUAUCAGACUCUACUGUCCAACUUAACUCAAGUAAUUAGUAAUCUUAAUAUUGGUUCACAUUUGUCUAAACAGAUAGAUUAGUGUAUGUGACUCCAUAUUUUUAUUACAAUCCUCCUUAGGAUUUCGCUGAUAAUUCAACUGUAAAGAUUGAUUAUCCAUUGAUUUACAAAUUACCUGUUUUGGACAUAGCACCCAAUUCUUAGAAAUGUCCAUUAAUCUUUGUGGAUCAAGGCUCUAAGGGAAUUGUCAGUGUGUGUGGAACAAAAGUUGCUAAUAAGUUUGCAGCUUCCUUCACAUUAUUUAACCCAUUAAACUAAGAAGUUAUGGAAACUAAAAUAAUAAUGUUGGAUUAGGCAUUCCCAGUUCUAGGUUAGACUACUUUAACAAAUAAUGGAUCUUAUCAACUUUAAUCAGCAACUUAUCUAGAUAUAGGUGUUGUAGUUUUGCAAUUCUAAUACACUUAUAACUUUGGUUCAUCCCCUCCAACUAUUGUUAUAUUACCAUUUUUAUAUACUUCUAAUUUGGUCUAAAAAAUAGCAAGUUAUCCAUCCAAUCCAACUGUCUAUUUUUACUAAUUUAUUUAGCCAAUUUAAUAAGUCUAUUAAGUUCCAAGCAGCAAUUUGGGUAGUUCAAUUUCAGUGACAGCAUUUGCUUUAACCUCACUCUACAUUGGUGGAUUGAAUAAUUAAAAUGCAGUUACUGAAAGCAAUGUUAUGAGUUUCGGAUUGUUAUGUGUAUCAGAUACCAAGGAAGAAUGUUUAAUACCAUAUACCUAAGCAUAAACCCAGACUCCAACUAGCGGAGUGGUCAUACAAAUUUAACCAUUAGCUGCUUUGACUUCAGUAUUUACCACAAAAAUCACAGUGGAUUUCACUACACCAAACAACAUACUUACAACAAGUCAAAAUCCAUUCUAGAUAUCUUUAUUGAACAUAGUUUCAGGUAUUAUUUUUUAUUAAUAUUUUAGAUUACACCCAAAACUCAGUUCAAUAAGUAGUUUAAGCAGGAGCCCCAUUAAUUUAGAAUGGGGUGAUCUCUGAAGUACCCUUAAUUGCAGUCAGUCAAGGAACAGCCUACAUCUUCAAAUUGCAAUUCUAUUUGAGCAAUGCCCAAUACAUCCAAUCAUUAUAUGCUUGCACACUCUUAGGAUUAUCUGAUCAGAAUCGUAUUUUGCAAAUCUCAGCAAGCAGUUCAAAUAAUGGUCAAUAUCAAGUGGUGGCAAUCGUAGCAAAUCCCACAGCCUCGGUUAAUAAUUAAGUAACAUUACUUAAUUAUGGAUUCAUCAAUCAGUAAAUAUCAUAUUCAUUUUAAUAGAUAAUGUUCCAUUAACCCUAGCGCAGUAUCAACAACCAUUUAACCAACUAAACUCUAAGAUGGAUUGGAAGUGUUGGUAACAGCCAUAGGAGCAACAACUUAUGUCUCAGCUGAGGCUACUCCAGUUUUAGCUUUAAUGCAACCCCCUGCUAUAAACAAUUAAGUUACAGAUAUCGCUAGAACUUUAAUAAGUGACAAUCAAGUGAUCACUUUACUAGACACAAGUCCUUAUCUUACCAUCUCAGCUUAUCCAAAUUAUAAUCUUAAAGGAGGUGUCUCUUUGAAUUCGACAAAUUUAUUUUCAAAUACCACUGAACCUCUGAUAACAUCAAUUUCAGCCAUGAGCAUUUAAACUUACAUCAAUAAUUUGUUGAUCUCCGGAGAAGGAGGCUCUACACUAUUUGAAUUCAGUAUUUCACAAAUUCCCGUUAAUUCCACUUUCCCAGAUUCCGUUUGGGAUAGAAAAUUAUGGGGCUAGUUCAUCUGGGGAUCUAUCAUGUUUGUUAUCAUCAUAGGUAUUGUUGGAUACUUGUUUUACAAAUCAUAGCCAUAGCCAUACGAUAGAUUUUGAUAUAUUAGAUAGAUACAUAUAAAUUAAAAUAUUUGAAUAA